AUGCCGCCCAGCCCCGAGUGCACGCAGCCUGAAACGCGACCAGAUGAUCUGAUCAUGUCAAAAAGCCAAAGUUCUGGUAAAUCCGGACUGAAGGAGGGAGAAGUAAGGUGGGAAGCAGGUAAUUCCCUUCUCCUCGCCCUGAAGCAGUAUGGAGGCCAGGGCCCAGAGUGGGCCUGCGGGAGGCAGCCGCCUCGGAGGAAUAAAGAACGUAUAGUUUGCAACGGUGCUCUGGAGCUUGUUGAUCUCCUGUUGUUUAGUUCUGCUGAAGAUGUUUUCUCCCACUGCAAAACAGAGCACCAGUUUAAUCUUUGCGAUGUAAUCAAGAAACAUGGACUUGAUUUUUAUGGCUACAUUAAACUAAUAAACUUCGUUAGAUUAAAGAAACCAACAGCAGCGUAUUUGAGUUCUCUCAGCAGCCCACUGCCUUGGGAAGGAGAGGAGUAUUUGAAACCAGAGCUAGAAGAUGAUCUUCUACUUCAGUUUGAUAUAGAAGAUCUUUGUGAACCUGCAAAUGUUGUGCCUUCUAAUGGUUUAAAUGAUACCAUGGUGCUCCUUGAACAAUUAAAACAUGCAGAACACAGAGCAAGACUUGCAGAAGCAUCCUUGGCCAGAGCACAAGAUGAUCUUCAAAAAAUGAAACAAUUUGCACAGGAUUUUGUGAUGAAUGCAGAUGUCAGGAGCAGCUCGUCAUCCAGCGCCAUUGCAGACCUUCAGGAGGAUGAGGAUGGUGUUUACUUCAGCUCCUAUGGGCAUUAUGGGAUACAUGAAGAGAUGCUAAAGGAUAAAGUGCGUACAGAAAGCUAUCGUGACUUCAUCUAUCAAAACCCACAUAUCUUCAAGGACAAGGUGGUUUUGGAUGUUGGCUGUGGAACUGGAAUACUCUCCAUGUUUGCUGCCAAAGCAGGUGCGAAGAAAGUGAUUGGAGUCGACCAGUCUGAAAUCAUCUAUCAGGCCAUGGACAUCAUCAGAUUAAAUAAACUUGAAAAUAUCAUUACAUUAGUCAAAGGAAGAAUCGAAGAAGUAGAUCUGCCUUUGGAAAAAGUGGAUGUAAUUAUAUCUGAAUGGAUGGGUUAUUUUCUUCUCUUUGAGUCAAUGCUGGAUUCCGUCAUCUAUGCAAAGGACAAGUACCUGGCAGAGGGAGGCUCAGUUUAUCCUGACAUUUGCACCAUUAGUCUAGUAGCUGUGGGGGACAUGAAUAAACAUGCGGACAAGCUACUUUUCUGGGAAGACGUGUAUGGCUUUGACAUGUCUUGCAUGAAGAAGGCCGUAAUUCCAGAAGCUGUUGUGGAGAUGCUGGAUCCAAACACGCUGAUAUCUACAGCCAGUGUCAUUAAGCGCAUUGACUGUAACACCGCAUCUACUCCAGACUUAGAAUUCUCUUCAGAUUUCACCCUGACUGUUACAACAAGUGCAAAGUGUACGGCAGUUGCUGGUUAUUUUGAUAUAUUUUUUGAGAAGAACUGUCACAAUAAGGUCUUGUUUUCAACUGGUCCCCAGUGUACCAAAACGCACUGGAAACAGACAGUUUUUCUCCUGGAGAAACCAUUUUCUGUAGAAGCAGGAGAGGCCCUGAGAGGAAAGAUAACAGUCCGCAAAAACAGAAAGGAUCCACGGUCGCUCUUCAUAACCCUUUCAGUGAAGGACACGCAGCAGACCUACAGCCUUCAGUGA